GCAGUUUUCAAGCUAAGCUUUGUCUCCUUUUGUUAAAGUCAUACAGAUCUAGAUAUAUCUUGAAUCGAAGAUGAACAACGUUGACACGACCCGCUGUUUACUCUGACAAGAUUCUUUGAAUUGUUCCACGAAGCAUUUACAGAUUUCUAUCUUGCAGUAUGAAAAUUAAGCGAUGAGUUAUGGAAUAUUUGUUGAUUUUUUGUAUUGCUAUCCUUGUAUUUUAUCAUAUGUAAAUAUUUCUGUUCUCACAUCAUGAAAUGUAUCUUGACUUUGUCGAUUGUGGCAGAAACGUUAUUAGGGAACUAGUCAAAGUAGGCGGUGCACGUGAACUUCGAUCUACGUUGAAACAGACCGGACAAAUGCAGUCCUAGGACCAGAAGGUUUCAAAGACUACAAAAAGGAAAGUAAUCACAGUGUGCCUUCAUGAGUUUUCUGACCACGUUAGGUGUUGGGGUGGUGGUGGUAGCUGUUCUCCUGGGGAUUUAUGUGAACUUCCCUCCCCCUCAGCUCUCACCUCAGCUGCAGCAGUGGAAAGACAGAGGCGAAUACCACUCAUUUAAGGGACAUCAGAUAUUCUACAUAGAUGAACGUGGCGAUGCUAAGUCAAAAGAGGUGUUGCUUAUGAUGCAUGGCUAUCCCACAAUGAGUUACGACUUCUCCAAAAUGUGGAAGGACCUGAAAGGAGAGUUUGGUCGUCUGAUUGUUCUGGACUUUCUAGGAUUUGGAUUUAGUGAUAAACCGGCUGGUCACAACUACUCAGUGAUGGAGCAGGCAGACAUUGCUGAGCACUUGAUGGGCCACCUGGGCAUAGAUACUGUGCAUAUACUGGCACAUGAUCUGGGAGAUACAUAUGCACAGGAGGUACUCAGCAGGUAUGAAGACAGACUGAGAGAUGGCCAAGAUGGUGGUUUGGAAAUAGAAAGUGUUUGUUUGAUGAAUGGAGGCAUGUUUCCUGAAACUAACCACCCCACUCCAAACAUGAAGUUGAUGCUGAAACCCUACUUGAAAUAUCCAAUUGGAAUGUUUUCCAAUAGAUUUAUGUUUAAAAGAGGCCUCAGCCAUGUGUUUGGUCCUUAUACAAAACCAACACCUGAAGACCUUAGUGACUUUUGGGCUGCCACCAGGUACAAUGAGGGCAACUUUGCUCUACCCAGGUUAAUUGAUUACAUCCUGGAGAGGGCAGCAAACAAAGACAGGUGGACAGGAGCCUUACAAAAUACCAGGCUUCCAGUUCAUGUGAUAUAUGGACCAGCUGAUCCCAUCAACCCACCACCUUUUAUUGACUUUUACAAAAAAACAGUCCCCAGGGGGAGUAUAACAGUAUUAGGUAAAGACAUCAGUCACUAUCCCCUCUGGGAGGAUCCACAGGGGGUGUUUGCAGCUUAUAAACAGUUCAUUGAUAAAGUAAGAGAUGAAAUGUGAAACAUGGAAUAAGUGACCUAGUAAAGGUUGGCAGGAUUGGUGCUGGGAGACUUUGGGUUUGGAUUAUCUUGGCACAUGUCCUCUUCAUCUUGAGAGGGUUGUUUUUAUUAUUAUUUCUUGGCACAUACAUUCUGGUUUGUUAAUGAGGUGUUGAAUAAAAACUGUGAUUUGUAGAAAAUUAAGUUAAAAAUACUAAUUAUUUGAUGGAAUUAAUGUUGAACAACUGCAGUCAUUCCUUUCAUUUUCUUCAUUUAAACUUUGAAUUGAAACGGACAAAGAAAAGGUUGUAUGGAGCCAACUUGAAUGUUUCUGAAGAAUAAUGCGUAGACUAAACGUGUUAAAUGUAUUUGAUAAAUGCUUUUGCUUGGAGUCAAGUAUCAUAUUAAACAUGUUCUAUUUAGAUAGCUCAAAGCAAUAUAGAAGCAUUGUUACUAAAUGGAUUAUCUGUUGAGGAAUUACUUCAUAAGACAGUGAUAAUAAAAAAAAAUGUGGAAUGUUGCAUAGCAGUAAAUCGGUGCAAUUUCAGUGAUGCCAAAAUAUACGAGAGAACAAGCACUUUAUGAAAUUAUGAAAAUUUAUUAUUAUGUCAUACUUAAUGACGAUACCUUAAUGACAUAUAUAUGUAUAUAGAUGUACAUGUACUCCCAAAUGUGACCAGCACAGGAGGGUAAAGCAUUGUUUUACUACACAGUGUUAGUACAGGUAGAUGUGAGUUGAAGUAGAAAAGAUCAAGAUGAUUACAUUGCCCAUUGUUAAUUAUGUGCACAUGUUGAACAACAUACUGUUGUACGAUCAUUUACAUUUGUAAUAGCAUAUAAUGCACAAUAUAUUUGCAUAACUUCAGAAAAGAUAUUUCAAAAACAUAUAUGUGUUACAUUUGUAUGCAUUUCAUUGAAACAAUAAAGGAGAAUUGCAUCAUAAUUUCUGGGCAGACUUAUAAUUGAAUCAAGUUGCACUUGUUACAUGAAUAGUUGCUGUCAAGGCCAGACAAAGUUGAUAAGCUGGUUAACGUCCCUUUUAAUGGAAUCUGUUGACAAAACUUUUCAACACGUUUAGUGACCAUUGCUGCUACAUGUACUUACAUAGGGAGGAUUUAAUGUUAUAUUUACAGUAUGGACUACUUUUUAGCAUAAAAAUGAUUAAUUUUUUCCUGAGGCCAUUGGUAAAAUUUUCCCACUGACAAAAUCAAUGCCUAAUAUUUUAUUUUGUCCAUUUGAAAGAAAAAAAACUACUUCUUCAAAGUUAAUGUUAACCAACUUCUGAAUUUUGACUGACUCAAGAGGGAAUAUAUAUAUGUAGUAUGCAUAACACCCAUUCCUGUAAUAAAAUGUAACUAAGCCAUGAUUUUCAAUAUUACACUUUCAAAUUACACAAAGUGUAACAAUUUCUAUAAAAAAAAAAA